UUUGGAGUUGCUACAGUGUUCUCUAAAUUAAGAGAAGUACUGUAGCAACUUCAAAUUUUUUUUGGAGAAUCUGUGUGUUUAGAGAAGCUGUUGGAGUGUGAACAGUAGCAUUUUCUCUGCUAAAAAUAGAGAUAGAGUGACUAUUGGAAUUGUCUUAAUGGAUGUAAACUUGUAAUAUGUCUUAUGCUUUGCUUUAAUUAUCUCCUAUCUUUUCAGAAAUUAAAACCGGAAACUGCUACUACAUAUUGUAGCCCACGGUAUUCAGACUCUUUUGUUUUGAUGAACUCACGGUAUUCGGACAAUGUAUUUUUGUUUUUUUUGUUAGAAACAAGAUAAGAACAAUGUAAACAUCACUUUUUCUUAACAAUGGUGUCUAAUCUAAGAAAAGAAAUUUCCAGUGACUUCGUCUUCUUUCUUUUUACUAUUUACUGCUAAUAAUUUAUAAUUAACGCAGCUAUAAAUAAUUGAGGCGGAUAUUCUAGGCAAAUAAAAUCUCAUACUUGUAACAUUGCACAUUUGAUGUGUCGAUGCUCUUAUCUUAAUCACAAUCUUGAUCUUCUACAUUCAUCCUAAUCAUGGGUGGAAGUUCCCUCAAAUUUCUCCUCACUUUAAUUCUUCUUUUGUUGUGCAUGAAACCAACUAUUGCAAAUUAUUUAGGGUUAGCAUAUACUCACCUUGGCUGCAAAGAGCAUGAGAGACAAGCUCUUCUCAAGAUUAAACAAGACUUCAUUGAUGACUAUGGCCAUCUUUCUUCUUGGAGCUCCGACCAAGAUUGUUGCACGUGGAGUGGGGUCAGGUGUAGCAACCAAACAGGCCAUGUCAUCAUGCUUAAUCUCCAUGACUUGUUCUCCUUUCCCCCAAGGCCUUUGCAAGGUAAACUUAAUCCUUCCUUGAUUGAGUUGAAAUAUUUGACUUAUUUGGACGUGAGCAACAAUGAUUUUAAUUAGAGCCAAAUCCCAGAAUUCAUUGCUUCUCUCUCAAACUUAAGACACCAUGACCUUUGUGAUGUAAAUUUCGGAAGAAAUAUACCUUUUCAGCUUGGGAAUCUUUUGAACUUGCAGUACCUUGAUCUUGGCAUGAAUUAUUUUAAUAAACCUGAAAACAUAGAGUGGCUCCCUCAACUUUCUUCUUUAAAAUUCCUUUGCAUAAACACCGUUAACUUGAGCAAAGUCAAUAAUUGGCUCCAUGUUGUGAAUAAACUGCCGUACUUGACAUCCUUGUUCCUGUACUCUUGUAAUCUUCUGAAUAUUUUCUCUGUUCCCUCGAUCUUGGUAGUAAUGAUCUUACUUCUGCUUCUUUAGUACUACAGUGGUUAUUCAAAUCCAACACUAGUGUUGUUGAACUUGAUCUUUCUUUUAACCAAUUUCACGGUUUAAUUCCAGAUGCUUUUAGCAGAAUAAACUCUCUUGCAAUUCUCAAUCUUCGUUUUAAUGAGUUUGAAGGCGAGAUACCAAAAGCCUUUGGUGGUAUGUGUAAUUUGAAAACAUUGUCUCUAUCAGGGAACUCUCUCAGUGGACAAAUUCUUGAUUUUAUUCAAAACUUGUCUGGGUGUGCAAACCACUCAUUAGAGGUUCUGCAUUUAGAUCAAAAUCAAAUCAUGGGAUCGUUACCUGAUCUCACAACAUUUCCAUCAUUGCGACAAUUAAGGCUUCAUCAAAAUCGUCUGAAUGGGACAAUACUUGAAAGUUUGGGAAAACAAUCCAACCUAGUGUCCCUGAGUCUUUUUGAUAAUUCAUUGGAAGGUGUUAUUUCUGAUGCCCACUUCUCAAAACUCACAAAAUUGAAGAGUUUGUCCUUGUCUAAUAACUAAUUGAUUUUCAACUUCAGCCCUGAUUGGGUUCCACCUUUCCAAUUAAAUGAGAUGGAUUUACGAUUUUGCCAACUAGGCCCUCGAUUCCCAAAAUGGCUUCAAACUCAAAAAAAUUACUAUUUGCUUGAUAUUUCCAAUUCUAGAAUUUCGGAUAGCCUUUCCAAUUUCAAUUUGGUCUUUUCUUCUCAAUUAGAAUAUAUGAAUUUGUCUUACAACCAAAUAAGUGGCCAAAUUCCCAAUUUGUCGUUGGAGUUUACUUUUCCCCCAAUUGUGGACUUGAGUUCAAAUAAACUUGAAGGCAGAAUACCACAAUUUUUAUUUAGAUCAGGAUAUUUGGAUCUAUCCAAGAAUAUGCUUUCAGGCCCAAUUUCUUCCUUAUGUGAAGUUCAAAAUGGGAAUUUGAACAUUCUAGAUCUCUCCAAUAACCAAUUAUCAAGACCGAUUCCAGACUCAUGUUUGAUGCAUUUUGAAGGAUUAUCAAUUCUUAAUUUGGCAAUCAAUCAUUUUUAUGGGAAAAUUUCAAGUUCGGUGGGAUUUCUACACGAGAUUGUGACAUUGGAUUUAGGUAACAAUAAUUUUAGUGGGAAACUUCCUUCCUCCUUGAAGAAUUGCGCAAAGUUGAAAUUCUUUAAUCUUAAACAAAAUGAUCUAUCAGGACAGAUACCAAUGUGGUUGGGGAUUAGUCAUCCAAAUUUAGUUGUACUUAUCCUUCGAUCCAAUCACUUCUAUGGAUCCAUCCCGACACAUCUCUGUCAUCUACAACAUCUUCAAAUUUUAGACCUUGCCUUAAACCAAAUCUCAGGAAGUAUUCCAAAAUGUGUCAACAAUCUUACUGCUUUAACUCAAAAAGGGAGUCCAAAUGCCACCAUCACCCAUUAUCAUACAACAUGGGUCAGCAACAGCUCCCUGUUUUUUAUGUCGUAUGAUGAUCGUAUGUUUUUUAUGUGGAAAGGAAAAGAGCACGAGUAUAAAAAUACUCUUGGAUUUUUAAAAGGCGUAGAUCUCUCAAGCAAUAAUUUAACUUGGUGGAUUCCAGGAGAAAUUGUGGAACUUGUUGAAUUGGUUUCCUUAAAUCUCUCAAGAAACUGUUUAACUGGACAAAUCACUUCAGAUAUUGUUAUGUUACAAUCAUUAGAGGCCUUGGAUCUAUCUAAGAACCAUCUUUCCGGUGGAAUUCCUUCAAGCCUUUCUCAUAUUGAUCGUCUAAGUGUCUUGGACUUGUCAAACAACAAUGUGUCCGGAAAAAUUCCGACAAGCCCUCAUCUUGAUACCUUUAUUCCAUCCUCAUAUGAGGGGAAUCCAAAUCUUUGUGGAGCCCCGCUUCCAAAGAAAUGUUCGGGGGAAGAAAUAGCUCAAAAUCCAGCUAUGAACGGGAGCAGAGAACAUGCUGGCAUGCAAGAUGAGAGAGAAGGGUUUAUAUCCAUAGGAUUUUAUGUUAGUGUGGCCCUUGGAUUUAUCGCUGGUUUCUGGGGAGUUGUUGGCACAUUAGUACUGAAUGUGUCACUGCGAGUCGCAUAUUUCAGGUUAUUGAACAAUUUCAAAGAUAGGCUAUAUGUGGCAAUAUCAGAGAAUAUGGCCAGAGUUCCGAGGCAGCUUCAAAACUACCUGAUAUCACAACUGCCGAGCCAUGAGGAUGGAGAAUUGGAGUAAAGGAUGAAACACUGCAAUAGAUUGGAUCAGAUUGAAUUUCAGUGCAGCAGCAGACGGGGAUAAAUAAGUGGCAAUGUAUUAGGAGUAAAAGAUCAGACUGUAUUAUCUUUCAAUUUGAAUUUAAUUGUAACUAAUGGUCAGUCUUA